GCUCGCGUGUGAUGUGUUUGUUUAUCCUCAGUGUUUUUCUCUCUUGAGUGUUUUAUUGAGUGUAAACAGAGUCUUGUCUCUGUGUAUUUUAGUGUUGAUGAUGAGAUGGAUGUGAUGUGCUGUAAAUCAGGAACUGAUCAGGGCUUACAGGAUGAGGAAUCUACUGAUCAAACCUCCACAGAGUCUCUGGAUUCUGUCUGGAACGCUGGAGAACAGCAGCAGAUCCUGCAGACCAAACUCAAGAUGUGUUCAGUCAAACCCAUUGACUGCACGAACCUCAUGAUGAAGAUCAAAACUGAACCUACAAACAUAAAAACUGAACCUACAGAAAUAAAAACUGAAUCUACAGAAGUAAAACCUGAACCCACGGCAGAUGAAUAUGAAGACAGUCGUGUUGAUGGUCAUGCUUUUAUUAUUUCUUCAGAUGUGAAGAGUGAAUUAUGUUUGGAAGGAGAAAUAACGUCCUCGACUCUUUCCUGCAUCACCGGUGGAGAGACAUUGAGCUCACAGAGACAUUUAGAGAGAGAACACACAGAACAGAAAGUGCUUUUACACAUCAAUGAGAAACCGUAUCAAUGCAGUGAAUGUGGAAAAACAUGUAGGGAUUCAUUCUCUCUAACAGCACACCAAACACUACACACUGGAGAGAAGCCCUAUCAAUGCUCACACUGUGAUAAACCUUUCAGUCAUAAAUCUCAGCUGAUAGUCCAUGAGAGAAUUCACACUGGAGAAAAACCUCAUUACUGUGAUGUUUGUGGGAAGAGUUUUAAUCGAAAUGACAGUUUAGUGUCACACCAGAGAAUUCAUACAGGUGAAAAACCUUACAAAUGCUCUCAGUGUGAGAAGACAUUUACUCAUUUAACUUCCUUAAAAGUCCAUGAGAGACAUCACACUGGAGAGAAACCUUAUGUCUGCUGUCACUGUGAAAAGAGCUUUUCACAUCAAAAUGCCUUUAGAGAUCAUCAAAGAGUUCACACUGGAGAGAAACCUUUCGUCUGCUCUCAAUGUGGAAAGAGCUUCACUAAUCAUAGUUCUAUUAAAGUUCAUCAGAGAGUUCAUACGGGAGAGAAACCUCAUCACUGUAAUGUCUGUGGGAAGAGUUUUAGACAACGGGCUACAUUUGUGAGUCACCAGAGAACUCAUACAGGUGAAAAACCUUACAAAUGCUCUCAUUGUGAGAAGAUGUUUACUCAGGCAGGUCACUUGAAAGUUCAUGAGAGAGUUCACACUGGAGAGAAACCUUACGUCUGCUCUCACUGUGGAAAGAGCUUCACUAGUCAUAGUUCUAUUAGAGUUCAUCAGAGAAUUCAUAUGGCAGAGAAACCUCAUCACUGUAAUGUUUGUGGGAAGAGUUUUAGGCAACAGGCUGACUUACUUAAGCACCAGAGAAUUCAUACAGGAGAAAAACCUUACAAAUGCUCUCAGUGCGAGAAGAUGUUUGCUCAUUUAACUUCCUUAAAAGUCCAUCAGAGACUUCACACUGGAGAAAAACCUCAUCACUGUAAUAUUUGUUGGAUGAGUUUUAAUCAACAUCACCAUUUAGUGUCACACCAGAGAAUUCAUACAGGUGAAAACCCUUAUAAAUGCUCUCAAUGUGAGAAGACAUUUGCUCAUUCAGCUUCCUUAAAAGUCCAUCAGAGAGUUCACACUGGAGAGAAACCUUACGUCUGCUCGAUCUGUGGAGAGAGAUUUGCUUCUUCUAGAAGUCUUCAGAAUCAUCAGAAGAAACAUACUGACACAAACUACACUGAAAUCCUCACAGUGUCGGUCUAAUAAUGUGCAAAAAAAUGAUUGAUUUCUUCGAAUGACUUUGACCUCUGUAAUUUGUGGCACGAAAAGCAAUGUUUUUACCACUCUGUCGAAUUUUCCCUCUUUUGCUCAACAAAUUAACAGGUUGACCAAUGAGAUCUGAGCAUUUCAUCACAUUCCCAGAGCCACUGCUGUAACUCAAAAUGUGAGAUGUGGCGCUACAGCACCCAAAACUAUUGACAGAGCGCGUAAAUACAUUGUUAAAACAAAUCAAAUGAAUUUCAUUUAAAUAAUGCUUUUCCAAACCAGCUGUACAUGAAUGAUUAUUAUUAUUAUUAAAGAAUUUUAAAGAGCUGCAAGGGUACAAAGAAAGCAUUCAGUUGUCGCUGGGUAAUCAUCAAUAUGGCAGCAUGAGGAUGGGCAUCACACCAAACUGGAAUUAAACCUGUCUGUUUCAGAUGUCCUCAGAGAGCUAAAGACACCAAAUGGCUGAACCCACAGAGAAAAGACACUGAAUUCUGAUGAAAGUCAACAUCUGAAAACUUUCUCAAAGAGUUCACAUCUACCUCAAAGACAACCACCCCACUUUACAGAGACAGAAGAGUCACCUCACCAAGAUUGUUGUGUUUUUUCUCCUUACAAUCUCUCUCUCUCCCCCUCCUCACAUGCUGGACUAGAGAUGAUCAAAGCUCACUUAUAGGCAAGGCCGCGUUAUCCUAAUGGGCAACAUGGGCUGCAGCCCAGGGCCCCGAACACUAGGGGGCCUCCGAGACAAUUUUUAUUUUGAGUUUUUAAAAACAUUUUGAUUGACGUAAUUCUGCGUAAGUGCUACCUAGAGCAGAUGCCCCCAACCACUGGGUCGCAAGAAUGUUCUGAAAAAAAAAGUAUAAUAGCUACGUAAUAGCUUAUGGGAUAUUUUGUCCUUAAGAGCCUCCGCGCCAGGCCGCAAUUCUUAUGGCAUCUCUCCUCAUCAUCUCCUCCUUCACUUAAACUUGGGGCUCGAACCCGACCUAAGGUCGCGGCUCGAGCUGCCUUCAAAAACAGCAAGCCAAGUUAGUUUACUGUUAAUUAUUAUGACUAAAUUUACAAUGCAGCUGUGCUUAUUUAACAGCAGGACCUUCAGCGCACCAGGAAAAAUUAUAAAUGGAGUACUAGAUUAAAACCUUGGAUACUGUACAUAAUCUAUGCAGACAGCAUCCAAGACAUAAUCUAUUAAAGACUUCUCCCUGUAUUAAUUUCGUGUAAGAAGGCUGUGUCUUUAUUUCUUGUUUGUGUAUGGAUCGACUUUUUUCUUAGUUUAACUGUUGGAUGGAUACAUGAAUAGACAUCUUCUGUGGUAAGUCCUUACAUUAAAAAAAUGUAUAUGCAAAAGCGAAGUUGUAAGAUAAGGCAACAUGCAUGUUUAUUCUGUUUCAUGUUUAUUUCGUUUCGUUUUGUAUAGCCCUUUUUAUUUUUUUAUUUCUGCACCCGUUGCAACUGCGAGCAGCAGAGCAACCUGCCUUCGCUUUUUAAAAAUAGUGUGUGUUGAUAAUAAA